GUGCCAUUUAUAAUCACAAAACUAUAAAAUAUUUAGAAAUGAAUAAAAAAGAUGCAAGAUCUUUAAGGGGUGAAUUAUAAAACUUCAUAGAAAGGUAUAAAAUAAGGCCUAAGUCUAUACUAUUUCUAUGGAUGAGAAGACUCAAUAUUAGAAAGAUGGCCUCUACAUUUAUUUAUAAAUUUAAUGCAAAUUUAACCAAAAUUCCAGCAACAUUUUCUGUAGACUUGAGAGCUAAUCCCAAAAUUCAAGUGUAACAGUAAAGGGUCAUGAAUAGCUGGUGUAAUUUUAAAAAAUAAGGAAGAGGGAACUUACCUUUCAGAAAUCAAGAUUUAUUAUAAAGUCAUAAUUAAGAAAAUGUGAUAUUGUGCAAGGAUAGUCACAUAGACCAAUAGAAGAGAAGAGAUAUCCCAGACACAAACCCAUGCAUAUUUGUGAGUUUCAUCUGUGGGAGAGAUGGCAUUACAAAUUACUGGAGAAAAAUUAACUCAGUGGUACUGGGAAUUUUCUCUAUACUAUAGAAAAGAAAAUAAGAUCACAGCGUGCAUAAUAAGUUUUAGGUCAACUGAAUAUCUCCAUGUGAAAAGUAAAACUUUAAAACGUUUCAAAGAAAAUUUAGGGGAAUAUCUUCAUGACCUUGAGGGUAAUAAAAGGCUUCCUAAAGAAACCCCAAAAACAUAAACUGUCAAGAAAAAACGUUGGCAAAUUUGAUAGAAUUAAAAUAAGCAGUCUGUGUUAUAAGACAUUAUUAUCGAAGUAUAAAGACAAGCUCCAAACUGUGAGUAGACUGUGGCAACAUAUAAAAACAAUAUAAACUACAAAUUAGUGAGGAAAAACACAAUAGUCCCAUGAAAAAAUAUUGGCAAAGGAUAUAUUUCCCGAAGAGGACACCCAAAUGGCCAAUAAAUAUUUGAAAAGGUACUAUAUCUCCCAUGAAAUUAAAAAAAAAUUAAAACCACUGUGACCCCUUUUAGUCUCACCAGAUGGCAAAAAUGGAAAAGUCUGACAAUUCCAAAUACGGAGGAAAACAUAGAAAAAAUGCAACUACUUUAGAGAGAGUUUGUAGAAGAUGUGUGAACCCCAUGACCCGACGCCUGCUUUUGUUUAUAUACCCUCUCACACGUGAGCACUGGGGCACAUGCACCAGGCCGGUCACAGCAACAACACGUGAAGUCCACAUGAAUGUCUGACAGCAGGAGAAUAGAUAAAUAUAAGCACACUACACGGCAGUUCAAAUGCACAAAGGAGCUAUUUAAUUUCUAUGCCUUUAUAUCUCAAAAAAAGCAGGUUGUCAAAUGACUUGGGUAGUAGGAUAGUGUUUGUAUGACAUUGAAAACAGGCAAACACAACAGUGUAUCUUGCUUAUGGAUCGGUACCUAAGUAGUAACGGUAUAAAUUAUACUACAAUAGUGCUGAAUUCUGGGAGGUGCUCCCUGUGGGGUGGGCACACGGUGCUAGCUAUUGAUCCCUCUUAGGAGAAGGGCCACACACUGGUGGGCUUGUUUGGAUGUCCUUGGGCAGAGGCGUCAUGCUUACUUUGGCCGGCGCGUCAGGAGCUCUGGAAUUUGCUCUGGGACUUGGUGUGCCUGGUGCAUGCAGGCGUGUGGGAACAGACUGUACACCUUCAGGUACCUCCUCCACAUGGUUUCUCAUAAGUGACCGCGACCCUCAGUGCAACCUCCACUGCUCUAGGACUCAACCCAAACCCAUCUGUGCCUCGGAUGGCCGGUCCUAUGAGUCCAUGUGUGAGUACCAGCGAGCCAAGUGCAGAGACCCAGCCCUGGGUGUGGUACAUCGAGGCAGAUGCAAAGACGCUGGCCAGAGCAAGUGUCGCCUGGAGCGGGCUCAGGCCCUGGAGCAAGCCAAGAAGCCCCAGGAGGCGGUGUUUGUCCCGGAAUGCAGCGAGGAUGGCUCCUUCACCCAGGUGCAGUGCCACACUUACACGGGGUACUGCUGGUGUGUCACCCCAGAUGGGAAGCCCAUCAGUGGUUCUUCUGUGCAGAAUAAAACUCCUGUAUGUUCAGGUUCAGUCACCGACAAGCCCUUGAGCCAGGGUAACUCAGGAAGGAAAGUCUCUUUCCGAUUCUUUUUAACCCUCAAUUCAGAUGACGGGUCUAAGCCGACGCCCACGAUGGAGACGCAGCCGGUGUUCGACGGGGACGAAAUCACAGCUCCCACUCUAUGGAUUAAGCACUUGGUAAUCAAGGACUCCAAACUGAACAACACCAAUGUAAGAAAUUCAGAGAAAGUCCACUCAUGUGACCAGGAGAGGCAGAGUGCCCUGGAGGAGGCCCGGCAGAACCCCCGGGAGGGCAUUGUCAUCCCAGAGUGCGCCCCUGGGGGGCUCUACAAGCCGGUGCAGUGCCACCAGUCCACGGGCUACUGCUGGUGUGUGCUGGUGGACACGGGGCGCCCGCUGCCUGGGACCUCCACACGCUACGUGAUGCCCAGUUGUGAGAGCGACGCCAGGGCCAAGAGCACGGAAGUGGAUGACCCCUUCAAGGACAGGGAGCUGCCAGGCUGUCCGGAAGGAAAGAAAAUGGAAUUUAUCACCAGCCUCCUGGAUGCCCUCACCACGGACAUGGUGCAGGCCAUUAACUCAGCAGCGCCCACUGGAGGCGGGAGGUUCUCAGAGCCGGACCCCAGCCACACCCUGGAGGAGCGAGUGGUGCACUGGUACUUCAGCCAGCUGGACAGCAACAGCAGCAAUGACAUCAACAAGCGGGAGAUGAAGCCCUUCAAGCGCUACGUGAAGAAGAAAGCCAAGCCCAAGAAAUGCGCCCGGCGCUUCACCGACUACUGUGACCUGAACAAGGACAAGGUCAUCUCGCUGCCGGAGCUGAAGGGCUGCCUGGGUGUGAGCAAAGAAGGUGGUAGUCUUGGCAGCUUCCCCCAGGGAAAACGAGCAGGCACAAACCCAUUCAUAGGACGCCUCGUCUAAGAAGCAGAAAACCAAAGGGCAGGCGGCGAGACCAGGGAGGCAGGACGGAUCAGCAGACGCCUGACCUUCGACCUUGCCACGGCCCAGCCACAUCCCCUGUAACAUGAGUGGUGCCCACCCUGUUUGCACUUUUAAUAACUCUUAUUUGCGUGUGUUCUUUUUGGUUUCAUUUGUAAACACCAAUAUCUAAUACCACAGUGGGAAAAGGAAAGGGAAGAAUGAUUGUUUAUUCUCUCUCUUAUUGUAAGUUUUUGGAUCUGCUACUGACAACUUUUAGGGGUUUUUGGGGGGGUGGGAGGGAGGUGUUGCGGGACUGAGAAGAAAGAGAUUUAUAUACUGUAUAUAAAUAUAUAUGUAAAUUGUAUAGUUCUUUUGUACAGGCGUUGGCAUUGCUGUUUGUUUAUUCCCUCCCUCUCCCUGCUCUGGGUGUGGGAGCUCCGGCCACACGGCCCAGCUUCCUACAACCCAGGGCUGAGUCCCCAGCCCACCUGCAUUCUGUUUGGAAACUGACCCUGUGUGCACAUGGGUGGGGGCCUGUGAUUAUAUUGCAGACUCCCCCAGUCCUUUCUGGUGGGAGGAGGGAAUUGCCCCACGUCGUAGCUGUCAAGGUUGGCAAGACACAUCGCCGCUGACCUUCUCAAGGGAGGUUGUGUUGGGGGAGAGGUGGAGGGAGGGGAAUAGGGAGCUCAGACACCAGUUCCCCCUGUUACCCAGACCCCCAGAUGGCCCUGGGCCCAUAGGCAGACCAGGAUUCUAGUGACCCCUGUGCAGAUGUCCUCAGAGGAUUUGCAUCAACAUUUCUCCCACAUUUAGUACCUACUCUGUGUAAAACAUGAGAGGGAGGGCAAAGAGGAAAAAGGCACACAGUGGGGCUCUUAUUUAGAGGUCAGUAUUUAAGCAGCGGAAGGAAGGGGACAGAAAGCAUCGUUGGCGAAUGCAGGGCCCGCAGAAGGGCUCCUCCCCUGCAGGCCCUCUGGGGAGGCUUCUGAGACCGGGCCCUCCUAGGCUGCCCGGCCACACUGGUGUUCCCUCCACUCUCCCCGCCAUCUCCGUGAUCAGCGCAGCCUGGGGGAGGAGUGGGGUCCCGCACCUUGUAGGUAACCGAAUGGUUUUAUUUUUUAACCCUGAGGUUCUUCCUGUUUCCUCAAAUGCUUUUAAGGGCUUCCAGGCUUGAGGCCAAUUCCAGCACGACCCUGACCUUGGGCCUCCUACUUCUGCCUCUCCUGGAAGUGCAGGAAUAAUAACCCAGUUGGGGGAAUACUGGCCUCACUUUCGUCAGACCUUUUCCCAGGGUUCCAGUGGGGGCUGCCCCGCCUUCGGGCAUAGCAGCUUCCUCUGCCCAGGUGACCAUGCGCCCUCAGACAGAGAGCAGGUGACGCUUGGCACCUCGUCCCAGGAGCAGCUGUGGCAGCAGGGAGGGAGGGCGGGUCCCCCGGGGCUUGCUCUUGCAAAUCUGGCCUUACUUGGCAUCGUGUCCCAGUGUUCCCAUAGGUGCACCCACCUUGCAGACGGUGUAUCCCACCUGGGUCUGGAGAGCUGGCCCCUCAAGGCCUGACUGGGGGGAGGGCCCUCCGGGAGGAGCAUGGCCUUUUGUGACAUGGUCUGAAGGUUCUGGCUGUACUGGAGGAAGUCCUAGAGUUCAUCUCCAGAUGACUGGAGGCCCUAUCCCAACAUGGGGACGUAGAAAGGCAGCCCUCGCCCAUUUCCACCCUGAGAACUGGGCGCGCUGGCACUGGACGGCCCUGCCGGGAGACCCAGCCCCCUUCUGGGCCUGCAGGAAGCAUUCAAAACGGAGAAGGCGGUCCUGGAGAAACCCAGCUCUCCCCCUGCUUCUUCCUCCUCGCCUGUGUAGCUGUGCUUUGUGCUUUUCCUUUGUGAGGAGGGAGGGACACUAUUUGUAGCUUGUUUUAUGACAAAUAAAAGUGAGUAAACCUUG